AUGUCAAAUGGAGCAAAAUUUCCUUACAUCACUAUCAUGCAAGCAAUCGAAAGCAACAAUGCGGAACUUGCUCUUACACUAUUGCCCCGACUUGGCGCAUUUGAAGAGGAACCUGGAGACUUCGGCCAUGACGCCAUACAUUAUGCCAUCAUUCUCGAGAAAAAAGAGCUUGUUGGGAGGCUUCACUUAGCCGGUCUCUCUCUUGCAAAAGCUGUCCGUUGGAUUCCUAAUGAGGAAAUGCUGGAUUUCCUAGAGUCUCUCGAUAUAAUAUCUGACAUUCCUUGCACAAAUUGGGCUGGAAUCAUAGGCUCUGCGAGGCUUCGCAAACAGCAAACGCUUGCCCAGCGUCUUAUGCUUCUAAGCAAAAGCAGCUACGUUGAUUCACCCUUACCAACAUUUCCGUCGUACGAAAUGGCUUCAUGGCAGCGCGAAAUGGAGUAUCUUAGACAAGCUAUUUCACAAGGACUUCCAAGCUCGGAACUAGCACUCAGAGUUGCUGGUUGGAGUGCUGAAGCUUUUAUGAGCCCAAUGCUAGAUAUUGCCGAUCCAGUCGUACCCAUUAUGGGGUUGUUUUUGGUCCAUGCACACAACUUGUCUCUUCCUGCAGCUGCACAUGUCGUUGGUAACGGACUUCUACACUCUAUAGGUCUACUACUGGAUGCUGGUGGGGAUGCAAUAGCCGCACGAACUCAUCUAAGACAAUAUUAUGAUUUACAUCAGUGGCUAAAGAACGAAACAGUUCCAGACAGGUUUAUUGGGGGUAUGGAUGGGUGUGCGCAGCGAGAAAUGACAGGUAAAUGUCAUUGCAAGGGCAACUUCUGGCUUGCAUGUGACUCAUACAACGAGAAAUCUGUCCUGGUAUCAAUUGCCAUUUGGGGUAACCUUCCCCUCUUUCAGACAUUUCUCUCUUCUUUCAAAUGGAGCAGCCAGGAUAUAGGGAAUUCACUUGCUGCCGUUUUAGAUUCGAGGAGAAACCGCAGCGUGAUCCAGGAAUUAUUGGCUUUGCACCCAGACCCCAACGCAAUAUACAAAGGAGAUACAAUUCUCGAAUCUGCGGCGCGAUAUACAGAGGUCUCGAUAGUGCGCAACCUCUUGCGAAUUGGCGCGAGUGCCCAAAGCAUUGGAUUCGCCCUACAGAGAGCAGCCUAUUGUGGGCAUUUGGAACUGAUUAAUAUGCUGCUUGAGGCUGGCGCAGACGUCACAUGCCCGGCUCGGAAAGGGGUUGCAACCGCGCUGCAAAGUGCGGCAGAUCUUGGGCUUGUCCGUAUUGCUUCUCAACUGAUUGAUGCUGGAGCAGAUAUAAAUGCAUUGGGGUACGGGAAGUACGGCAGAACAGCGCUGCAGAGGGCAGCAUCAAACGGCCGCAUCGACAUGCUGCACAUGCUUCUCUGCCGGGGUGCCAGGAUUUAUGAUGAUGCUCCCAAUCAGGGCUACAGAGCGAAUUAUGUUCGAGCAGUUUGA